UAACAAAAGCAUUCGUUUUUCCUACGAUAAAAGUACUGGUGUUACAAACGAAUGGUCUGUCAUCUGUCUCACUUAUACCGUUUACGAUGAUACUAUUUGGAGUCGCGGUUUUUACGAUUAUCAGUAUCGUAGUGAUUCUUGUGACUUGUUACGCCUACAGGAAUAUACAGGAAAGGAUAUCCUUCCUCAGCAGUCAGCAAGAUGAUAUUUGGAACAUAAGUGGAAGAGUAAAUCAAGGACAGUCUCUUCCUCCCAACCGUUGGCCAACACAUGAUCACCACAUUGCCGUAGAAUCAUUUGUUAUUUCAGAUCGCGUAGCCAAAAGUGUACCUCCCCCUCCCCCGUAUUCGGAGGUGGAUUUACCGUCCUAUGAAGAAGCAACAGGGUGUUCUGGAAAAAACGACAUAGCACCUGUGCAUUCAACUCCGCAAACAUCAACGAGCACGCGAUAAUAUUAAAUUUGACGAACUCAUAAUAAUUAAUACGCUAGUAUUUAACAUCAAAAAAUAGUUUAACAAUUGACAUCGACUUGUUAACUUAUUUAAUUAAUAUAAAAGAGUUUAACAGAAUCGAUGGACUAUUUAUGAAGUGAUUAAAAAAACAAAAACGAGACAGGAAUGAGACUUACAUUAAACAUUACGAAAUUAUACUAAGGUAAUAGUAAAAGACGAAAUUUCUCAGUAUUAGUGGAAGCAGCUAAAAUACAGUUAUUCGUUGUAUCAAUGGUUAAUGAUAAAUGUAAAUAAAUUAUCUGCAUACUAUUUCUA